ACAUAUUACACCUGUAACUAAACUUUUUUACGUGUAAUGGCCUUAUAGCAGUUGAUGCUUUCGUCUCAAAUCUGGCACUACGAUUAAAGCUGCAAGUGUUUCACAUAUAUAGGUUUUAUAACAAAUUCGACUUCAUACGACAAUCGUGAAUAGUGUCACACGUGUUACGAUAAUUUGUCGACAAAAUAAAAUCGCAGCUAAAAUAAAUACGCAGUUCUCGGUUGUGUGUGUGAUGUAGUCUCGUGUUCACUUCUAAGAUCAUUUUCACUUAACUAGUUCUCUUUGGUUUUGAGCAUCUGCAAGAGGAUCAAAGACGGCGAUAAGCUGUAUAAAUAGAUAAAUAAUAUCUGAUUUAAAAUUGCAGUUUCACUUUUUGAGUAUAAAUUAAGAGAAAUAGUGAACAUUCUAUGUACUAAUUCCACAUUCGGUAUUUUACGGAAUUCUCGACAUCUGCAUGAACAAAAAUUGACAGUUUUUUCUAAACUUUUGGACUGAAAAUGUUCAAAUCAACGAGGAAGACAUCUGUAUUAUAAGUUUUUCUUUGAUGCUUUUAAUUUUCCUAUAGCACACAAACUAUGUGCAUGAUUAAUAGACUUAGGGCACAUCACUAUACACAUCAUUAUAUAGAAAAGGACAUAAAUAAUGAGAGAACGUUUUGAUAGAGGAAAACUUUGCAACAUUUGAAGCCUUGUAUAAGUUUUUUAAGAAGAUUGGUCACUUAAUUUAGAAAAGCUAGGAGAGAAGAAGGAGAAGAUAGUUCAACAGGAAGUACACCUUAAAGAAGUAUCGAUGUGGAAAGAAAAGAAUCGAGUAUUAAUCAAUUAUACAGAAGACUAAUAAUUUUGACGCAUCAAUUGAUGAAAAGGAAUACAUCGAGUGACUCGAUGAAUGAAGACAUCAAUAAUAGUGAAAAGAGGAGAGGAUAAGGAGCAGAAUUUGUUGUCAAAAAGCUCUCAAUUGUUUUAAGCUGAAGGUACAUAUACAUGAUAAAACCUUCUUCAAACCCUGUGUGAGGAUAUCUUCUGUAUAUCAGUCUUUGUUAUUUUAAAUUUUUAUAUAUUUUCUGUUCUACAUAAAAAUGUGUGAUAAUUUUAAAAAAAGACCUAAACGAAACUUUUCAGCAAAUUGGCUCAAAGACGAUAGAUUUAAAUCUUGGAUAAGUAAAGUAGAGUUUAAUGAUAACCUUUUUUAUUGUACCAUAUGCGACAGAAAGAUGUCGUGCAGCUUAUCGCACGUUUUAAGACAUGCAAAUUCUACAUGUCAUAAAAAUAAUAUGAAAGAAAAUACAUCAUUAUUAAAUAGUAACAAUGUAAGUUCUAUUAAAAAAAUGCCGAGAAGAAGCAAAUUUCAACAAAAAUGGUUAGAUAUUAAGCAAUUUAAGCCAUGGCUAUCUGACGUUCCACAUAAUGAAAAUUUAUCUCUUUGCUCGUUCUGUAAUAAAUGUAUUGUAGGUGGUAUAUCGCAAAUCUUUCGUCAUGCAAAAUCCAAAGCACACAUAAAAUUGUCUGAACAGAAUAAUAUAGAAACAAACGAAACAAAUGAAGUAAAUGAAACAAUCAAACUAAACCAAAGUAACAACAAAUUAAGGAAUGAAUCGUCACAUGUUACAUUUGAAGAGCGAAAGAAAUCAGCAGAAAUUCGAUUUGCCGCAUUGAUUGCUGAUAAAAAUAUUCCAUAUCAAACUGCAGAAGAUAUUCUCAGCUUUUUCCAACAAAUAGGAGACGAUUAUGAUGCGUUAAAAAGUAUGGAUAUGGAUCGCACAAAAUGUAAAAACAUAAUUAUGAAUGUGUUAUAUCCAAUAGAGAUGAACCGUGUGAUCAACAGCAUUCAAAAGACAAAAUUUUCAAUUUUUAUUGAUGAAACAUUUGAUUUUUUUGAUAAAAAAUACAUAACGUUUUUUGUUCGGUACGUUGAUCCUGAAACAUUAGAUAUUCGCUCACAAUUUGUAAAAUUCAUUAAUAUUGAUGAAAAAAAUAAGUCUGAGGAAAAAUUGUUUCAUACAUUUCAAUGUGAAAUGUCGAAACUUAAUAUUCCAUUUUUAAAUAUUGUUGCUUUAUCAUGCAGUAAUCCAUCUGAUAAAGCAGACAAAUAUUUAUUAUUUAAAAGAAAGCUGAAAGAAACUUGUAAAAAUUUGUUAACAUUUUCAUGUCCAUGUCAUUCCACUGCAUUAGCUGUCGAAACUGCAUAUAAUAACAUACCAAAGCAUUGCACAGAAUUUUUAAAAGAGAUCACAAAUUAUAUUAACAAUAGUUCCAAAAAGUCGAUUAUUUAUAAAGUAUUUAAUGAAUGUUUUCAGGAAACAAACUACAAAAAUUUGUCUGGUACAUGGUGGCUUUCUCACUAUUCAUUUGUUAAAAAACUUCUGGAGUCUUGGGAUAUUAUCAAGUUUUUUUUUAUUAAAAUGGCUAGAAAUGAAAAUACAGAGUCUGAACAGCUGGAUUUAUUAAUUCUAAUGGAAAGUCUUGAUAUAAAAGCAUAUUUAUUUUUUUUAAAACAUAUUUUAAAUUGUUUCAAUUCAUUUAAUGUAUUUUUUCAAACUCUGGAGACAAAAAUUCAUUUAUUGCAAUCAAAAUCAGUAGAGUUUUUAACUAUAUUUUCUAAAUAUUUUUUGAAAGAAAAUUUUGCACAACAUUUGUGUAAUAAUCAAUUUUCUCAAAAAGAAAAUCAAAAAGCUUUAGAUAAAGUUAAUCUAGGAUCAGAAUGCGAAGAAUAUUUAGAAAAAUUAAUAAAGGAAGGACACGUGAACCUUGUUGAAAAUGUUCGAGAGAAUUGUUUAAAAUUUUACAUAACUGCUGCCGAAGAAAUGAGUAAAAGAUUACCGAUUAAUGACAAAUUUUUAUCUAAAUUAAAAGUUUUUGAAGCAGAGACAGCUUUAAAUGAUCCUGACAGAGGAACUUCUUACAAUGAUGUUGUUUUUAUCGCUCAAACCUUUGGUGGUUUCGACCAAAAUAGUUUAAGGAAAGAAUGGAGUGCUUUAUAUCUAGAUUUUAGAACCGCAGAAAAACAAAACCUUUCAGAAUUAAAUUUUGAUGACAUGUGGAAACAAAUUUUACAUCAAUACUCUAUUAAUAAUAGUAAAUAUCCCAAUCUGAAGUCUCUUUUGAAUGCUGUUAGAUCACUUCCAAAUUCAAAUACCGAUCCAAGAAAAAGAUUUUCUUUUAUAUGAUUUAAAAACUACAAAAUAAAAGAAAUUUGUUUGUCUAUAUGCAGGGCUGGGCAAAAUACAUAAUUAAGUAUUUGAAAUAGAAAGUAAAAAGUCUUCUAUCAAAAUAUUAAGAUUGACAGUAUUUUGUAUUUCAAAUACUUUUUGCCCAGUCCUGUCUAUAUGAAUACGAUUAAUAUUGAAAUUAAGAAACUGUUUUUAGUAAACACAUAGAGCUAAGGUUCUAAUGCACAAUAAGGAAAAUGUUAAGAAUAAGAAUACAUUUUAAAUAUUAGAAAUCAGAAUUAUAGGAAUAGAAAUAAAAUAUAACAUAAUGAAAUAUAAGAUAUAAAUUAUAAGAUAGGAAUAUAAGAUAGAAAUUUUAUGUCAUACAGCCAUAACAGCCAAAAAUAAACGGUAUGGAUUUUAA